AUGCUCACAGAAAGCUUCAUUGCAGCGACAUUGACUGCAAAUAAACCCGUUGCGCAUGCCAGUGCUGCCUUGAAAGAUGUAGGCAUUUUCCUUCACGAGUUUCAACCUCAACGCACCUUUCGCAAGGGUUUCAAGAAAAGUUCCAGUCAACCAGGCUGUGUGGCAAUCAGUGACUCACACAUCUUUGCGGCCCAAGCGGAUAAAGCUGUGGUAAAUGUUUAUAGUCAAGAAAGGGGCAAUCAAGAAGCGACGGUUCCAUUUCCCGAGCGGAUAUCCGGUCUUGCCUAUGCUCACGGGGCGGAGGUCUUGGUUCUAGGGACCGAAGGAGGGAAACUGAUUCUCUGGGAAGUUGCAACUGGCAGAGUAACAAACUCAGCGGCCUCUCAUCUUCAAGCUGUGUCGUGUCUCUGCAUCACUCCCAGGAACGAAUACAUCAUUUCUGGCUCUGCCGACUCGAGUAUUCAUGUUUGGUCACUAGCAAAACUGGUCGCUUUCGCGCCAUCCUCAGAUAGCUAUGCAAAUCGCGGUGCCCCAAAUGCUCCUGUCAAGACCUUUUCCAGACAUCGAACGGCCAUCAGCGCGUUGACAUGUGGCCACUCUAGCAUCACCACGAAUUUUGCAAUAUCAGCCUCCAGCGACGGCACUUGCUAUAUCUGGCAUAUCGAAACAUGUCAAGUCUUGCGGACUCUAUUGUUACCCUCUCAUGCUGUUUCAAUCGCACUUGACCCCGCAGAUAGAGCCAUCUAUUUUGGAUGCAAUGAUGGGAGAAUCCAGUCCUGGGACGUCUUUCAACAAUCACCAACAUCCAGCAUUCCACUAUCCGGCCCGUCAGUCUUGCCGGCCAUCCAGCUUUUAGAUAAGGACGGUUGGAAAGAACCGCUCGCCGAGGUCGGAACAGCGAAUUGUGUCACACUAUCUUAUGACGGGACAUCUCUCCUUUCGGGCCACCGGAAUGGAGCCAUCAUCCGCUGGGAUGUUGCUAAGCAUCGAAUUCUACAAGUGAUGACGAAUUUUGGCCAACCAGUUACCAAUAUCGAGAUGCUCAAGCCUGAAGGUUUUCCACGCAUGAAAAGACCAGGAUACAUUAUCCCAACGGUUGUUAAACCCAAUCUCGAAUUGGCCUCGAUAGAGGAUAACGGUACCUGUGGCGUCCCCGCGAAGUACAAUCUCCAUAUCAUGAUCACUGCGCCAAGAAGCCUAUCCGAAGAAGAUGAGUUUGAAAAAGCUCUUACCGGCUCCGGAUUCCCACAAUCCCUGCUCGACUCAGCCAUCCGCUCUCUGGAAACGGGUAACACCGCAACCCAAUCCCCGGUCACAACAGAUGUCGCCGAGACAUCCAAAGCCGAAAGACUAGAAGAGGAGGUCUCCAAAUUGAAGCAGCAACUCACCAUCCUGCACAACCUAGAAGAAAAGCGAAGAGGCGGGAAGCUUACGAGAAUGGGCAAGCGAGACGAAUUAGCGUUGAAGAAGAGAGAAGCCUAUUUCGAGGCAAAAAGCAAAGGAAAGGACGGGGAUGCGGCGAUGAAAAAGUGGGAGAAGAAGGAGGCGGAGCUUGAUCGGGAGAGUGAGGAGGAAGAUCUCGAGGGGGACGAAAUGGAUGUUGGUUGA